AAAAAUAUCGAGUGUUCAUUAUUUCGUUCGCUGUUCACACGGGCCAGAAACAAGGCAACUGAAAUUAGUAAGGCUAGCUGGCUAGUAAUAAAACGUGCGUCGCUCAUAUUGGUUGUCUACGAAGCUAUUGACGGGAAAAAAAGUUGAGUUAAGAAAAAUAUAUCAACUGAAGGAAAAGAAGAAGAAGAAGAAACAGAGAAAAAAUAUAAAUCAAAAACAAACAAGUGAAACGAACGAUAACAAUUUUUCGAAAAAACCAAUAUUGGUACAAACGAAAAAAAGUUAGCUUUGAAGAACCGUCAUAAUAUUCGUCGAGCGUAAAAUUUAACGAAUUUUCGAAACAAAAAAAGUUUGUUGUGAUUUCAAUUUUACUUUUCUUUAAAUACAAAAUUUAAAUAUUUAAUACAAAAUGGUGGAAACCGUAAUUACCGUCGAACGUACCCAAACCACACAGACCACUGCUCCUGGCACAGGUGGCGGUGUCUCGGCCCUGAGGAUUAAUAUUGGAUAUUUCCAAACUGUUCCUGGCAUUAUUAAGCUUGUACAAUUUUUCCUUGGCAUUAUUUGCAUGGCCUGCGCAUCACCUUCAUACAUUUCAGCGACAGCAUUCUUCAUUUUUGUUGCCGUAGUGUCAUUUAUUGCCACUUUGUUGUGGAUUUUCGCCUACUUGUUGGGUAUUAGAGAGGCUUUGAAUGUUGCCAUUAAUUGGAUAUUUACGGAACUUCUUACAACGGGUAUAUCGGGACUAUUAUAUUUCAUAAGUUUUGUGAUACAGCUGGCCCAGUGGUCUGGCUAUCCACACACGCCGGGACAUACACGAAAUAUUGCAGCUGGUGUUUUUGGUUGUUUCAAUUGUGUGGCCUAUGGAGCGGGAGCGUUUCUCUUGUUCCAACAACACAGGAGUGGUUCGAGAAUAUAAAAAAAUCGUAAACAAUAAAAAAAUACCAAAAUCAUACCAAAAAUAUCGAAUAACUAACUGCACGUCUGUGUAAAUUCCCAUCGUUUGUUUAAUACUAGGUUUUAUCUUUAUAAACUUUUUAUUAUAUAUAUUAUUGUUUUUUGUAAUUAAUAUGCAUAUAUAAUUAAGCAUCGGUUGUUAUGAACCCUGGGUUAUAAUUACUAAAAGUCUAUUUUAGCAAUUGACCUAGUCCAGGACUCAUACAGAGAGAAAGUUUCUAAGGACAA